AUGGUGAUCGUUACCAGAGGUGAUUACAUAUGGAUCGAGCCGGUGUCGGGUCGAGAGUUCGACGUCGCAAUCGGCGCACGCGUCCUCGCCGCAGAAGGCCGGCGUAUACGCGUGCGAGAUGACGACGGGCAAGAGCAAUGGCUACCACCGGAGAGACGCAUCAAGGCGAUGCACGCCACAUCCGUGCAUGGGGUCGAAGAUAUGAUCUCACUAGGUGAUCUACAUGAAGCCGGUAUUCUGAGGAACCUGCUCAUUCGGUACAAUGAUAACCUCAUUUAUACUUAUACGGGUUCAAUAUUGGUAGCGGUAAAUCCAUACCAAAUAUUACCAAUUUACACAGCAGACCAAAUUAAGUUAUAUAAAGAAAGGAAAAUUGGUGAACUGCCACCUCAUAUCUUCGCUAUAGGAGACAAUGCGUACGCGCACAUGCGCCGGUACGGGCAGGACCAGUGUAUUGUUAUAAGUGGAGAGUCGGGAGCUGGAAAGACUGAAUCUACUAAAUUAAUCUUGCAAUAUCUCGCUGCGAUCAGUGGGAAACAUUCAUGGAUAGAACAACAGAUUUUAGAAGCAAAUCCUAUUUUAGAAGCAUUCGGUAACGCAAAAACCGUUCGCAACGACAAUUCCUCACGCUUUGGUAAAUACAUCGACAUACAUUUUAACAGCAAUGGUGUUAUUGAAGGGGCUAAAAUAGAACAAUACUUGUUGGAAAAGUCUAGGAUAGUGUUUCAAGGGACUGAUGAAAGGAACUAUCAUGUCUUCUACUGUUUAUUGGCGGGCUUGUCGAAAGAAGAGAAAAAGAAAUUAGAACUAACUGAGCCAUCCGAAUAUAGAUAUCUAUCUGGGGGUGGAAGUUUUACAUGUGAAGGUAGAGACGAUGCGGCCGAAUUCGCAGAUAUUAGGUCAGCAAUGAAAGUCCUACUAUUCACAGAGGCGGAGAUUUGGGAGAUAUUAAAAUUAUUAGCUGCCGUAUUACAUUGCGGAAAUAUAAAGUACGAAGCCACUGUAGUAGAUAACUUGGAUGCAACAGAAAUCAUAGAACAAGCAAAUGUUAGAAGGGUUGCUACUUUGCUAGGAGUUCCAACACAAUCUUUAAUUGGUGCAUUAACCAGGAAAACUUUGUUUGCUCACGGAGAAACUGUUGUGUCCACUCUAAGUAAGACUCAAUCUGUAGAUAUAAGAGAUGCAUUUGUCAAAGGCAUCUAUGGUCGUCUUUUCGUGACGAUUGUUAGGAAAAUAAAUGCUGCUAUCUAUAAACCGAAAUCGACUACACGAACUGCUAUCGGCGUCCUCGAUAUAUUCGGUUUUGAAAACUUCGACCACAACAGCUUUGAACAAUUUUGCAUAAAUUUCGCAAACGAAAAUCUUCAACAAUUCUUUGUAAGACAUAUAUUUAAGCUGGAACAAGAAGAGUAUAACCAUGAAGGCAUUAAUUGGCAACAUAUAGAGUUCGUAGAUAAUCAAGAUGCACUAGAUUUGAUUGCUCUUAAACAACUUAACAUAAUGGCUCUAAUUGAUGAAGAGUCUAAAUUCCCAAAAGGAACAGAUCAAACGAUGUUGGCAAAAUUGCACAAAACACACGGCCUACACAGAAAUUAUUUAAAGCCUAAGUCAGAUAUCAAUACUAGUUUUGGCUUGAACCAUUUUGCCGGAAUUGUAUUUUACGAUACUCGAGGUUUUCUAGAAAAGAAUCGAGAUACAUUUAGUGCAGAUUUAUUACAACUAAUUCAUAUUUCAACGAAUAAAUUCCUACAACAUAUAUUCCAGGAAGAUAUAGUGAUGGGAUCAGAAACACGGAAACGAACUCCGACAUUAUCAACCCAGUUUAAAAAGAGCUUAGACCUUCUUAUGAGAACACUAGGAACUUGCCAGCCUUUCUUCAUACGUUGUAUUAAGCCCAACGAAUUCAAAAAGCCUAUGAUGUUCGAUCGUGGACUAUGUUGUAGGCAGCUCAGAUAUUCUGGCAUGAUGGAAACAAUCCGAAUUAGAAGAGCUGGUUAUCCAAUCAGGCAUAGUUUUAAAGAAUUCGUUGAAAGAUAUAGAUUUCUGAUAUCAGGAGUACCACCCGCUCAUAAAACUGACUGUCGAGCUGCUACUGCCAAAAUAUGCGCAACAGUUUUAGGAAAAUCUGAUUACCAAUUAGGCCAUACUAAAGUGUUUUUGAAAGACGCUCAUGAUCUAUUCCUUGAACAAGAGAGAGACAGAGUCCUUACGAGGAAAAUAUUAAUAUUGCAAAGAUCGAUUCGGGGAUGGGUUUAUCGAAGGCGGUUUUUGAAAAUGAGAGCUGCUGCUAUUAUGAUACAAAGGCAAUGGCGCGGAAAGUUGCAGAGAAUUAGGUAUAAUAAGAUGAAAGUUGGAUAUGCGCGCUUGCAAGCUUUGAUCCGUGCACGAGUUCUGGCUCAUCGGUUUAGACAUUUGAGGGGUCACAUCGUGUCAUUACAAGCGGCCGCUCGAGGUUAUUUGGUCAGAAGGUCUUACGGUCACAAAAUGUGGGCUAUCGUCAAGAUCCAAAGUCACGUGCGACGCCUUAUAGCCAUGCGAAGAUACCGAAGACUGAAGCAAGAAGCUAUCGCUCACAACGAAGCAUUGCGCUUGCGAAGGCAAGAGGAGCAGCGGCUACAGCACCAGGGCAACACGAGGGCUAAAGAGAUCGCAGAACAAAACUAUAGGGAGCGCAUGUAUGAAUUGGAAAGACGUGAAGCUGAAUUAGCCCUUGAAGAGAAACGGCAGUUGGAAGCAAAGAGAACAUUAUUACAAGAAGCCGCAAGGAAACAAGAUGAGCCUGUGGAUGACAGCAAAUUAGUUGAAGCGAUGUUUGACUUCCUUCCUGAUUCAAGUAGCGAAGCGCCGGCGCCUAAGGAUACAUCGGUCUUCAGUGACCUUCCACAACCUAGGGCUGACCAACAAGAGAUGGUAACACCGAUGCAAACAACAUCUGAAGAUGAAGAGGAUCUAUCAGAAUUUAAAUUCCAGAAAUUUGCAGCUACAUAUUUCCAAGGGAACGUUACCCAUCAAUAUUCUAGGAAACCUUUAAAACAUCCACUAUUACCAUUACAUACACAAGGGGAUCAAUUGGCGGCUCAAGCGUUAUGGGUCACUAUUUUACGUUUCACUGGAGAUUUAGCAGAGCCAAGGUAUCAUACUAUGGACCGAGACAAUACAUCAGUUAUGUCCAAAGUAACGGCAACUCUUGGACGUAAUUUUAUAAGAUCCAAGGAGUUCCAAGAAGCACAAAUGAUGGGGAUGGAUCCUGAUGCAUAUUUAAAUAAACAAAAACCGAGAUCGAUUAGACAUAAGCUAGUGUCAUUAACUUUAAAGAGGAAGAAUAAACUUGGGGAAGAUGUUAGAAGAAAGCUUCAGGAUGAGGAAUACACAGCAGAUAGCUAUCAAUCAUGGCUAGAGUCGCGACCGACAUCGAAUUUAGAAAAAUUGCACUUUAUCAUCGGCCAUGGCAUUCUACGAGCUGAAUUACGAGAUGAAAUCUACUGCCAAAUCUGUAAACAGUUAACCAAUAAUCCUUCAAAAUCGUCCCAUGCUCGUGGUUGGAUCUUACUUUCAUUGUGUGUAGGAUGUUUUGCGCCCAGUGAAAAGUUUGUGAAUUAUCUAAGGGCGUUUAUCCGAGAAGGUCCUCCCGGUUACGCGCCGUACUGCGAAGAUCGUUUGAAAAGAACUUUUAAUAAUGGAACUAGAAAUCAGCCGCCAUCUUGGCUAGAGCUUCAAGCUACGAAAUCCAAAAAGCCAAUUAUGUUACCAAUCACCUUUAUGGAUGGAAAUACGAAAACCUUGUUGGCCGAUUCCGCAACAACUGCGAGAGAAUUGUGCAAUCAGUUAUCAGAUAAAAUAGGUUUGCGAGAUCAAUUUGGUUUUUCGUUAUAUAUUGCUUUAUUUGAUAAAGUGAGUUCGUUGGGUAGUGGUGGUGAUCACGUGAUGGAUGCGAUAUCGCAAUGCGAACAAUAUGCGAAAGAACAAGGUGCUCAAGAGCGUAAUGCGCCAUGGCGAUUGUUCUUUAGGAAAGAAAUAUUUGCUCCUUGGCACGACCCUACUGAAGAUCAAGUAGCUACUAAUUUAAUAUACCAACAAGUCGUUAGAGGUGUAAAGUUCGGCGAAUAUAGAUGUGAUAAAGAAGAAGACUUGGCUAUGAUCGCAGCUCAACAAUACUAUAUCGAGUAUGGCCAAGAUAUGAAUACCGAACGUCUUUAUACACUAUUACCAAAUUAUAUACCAGAUUAUUGUUUGACUGGUGUUGAAAAAGCAGUCGAUAGAUGGGGUGCUCUUGUAGUACAAGCAUAUAAAAAGAGUUAUUACGUCAAAGAGAAGAUCCUCACAUAUAAAGUCAAAGAGGAUGUAGUGAGCUAUGCAAAAUUUAAAUGGCCAUUACUAUUUUCUAGAUUUUACGAAGCUUAUAGAAAUUCAGGACCGAAUUUGCCUAAAAAUGAUGUUAUUAUAGCGGUGAAUUGGACUGGGGUGUACGUUGUUGAUGAUCAAGAGCAAGUCCUACUUGAACUAUCCUUCCCGGAAAUAACAACAGUAUCGAGUCAAAAAACGAAUAAAGUUUUCACACAAACGUUCAGUUUGUCAACCGUCCGUGGCGAGGAGUUUACUUUCCAAAGCCCAAACGCAGAAGACAUUCGUGAUUUAGUCGUGUAUUUCUUAGAAGGUCUUAAGAAAAGAUCAAAAUUCGUCAUAGCAUUACAAGAUUACAAAGCACCGGGCGAGGGAUCAAGUUUUUUGACUUUCCUAAAAGGAGAUCUGAUAAUUUUAGAAGAAGAUAGUACAGGAGAGUCAGUGCUAAAUAAUGGAUGGUGUAUUGGUCGUUGUGAAAGGUCUAUGGAAAGAGGUGAUUUUCCCGCUGAAACAGUUUACGUGUUGCCCGCGUUAUCUAAGCCACCUCCAGACAUUUUAGCUUUGUUUUGUCAAGAAGGAGCUCAGCACGGAAGAAGAGCGCCAACAAGUACAUUCAAUGGGACAGAAACUAGAGACAAACCACACAACCUAUUAGAAUACGCUUUAGAUCACUUUAGAUUACCUCCAAAGCGAACGACAUCUAAAGCCUUGACCUUAUCCACAGCUAAAAGAGGUGCUGAGGAGUUAUGGAGGCAUUCGAGAGAACCAAUAAAGCAGCCCUUACUUAAAAAAUUACAGGCUAAAGAGGAGUUAGCUGAAGAAGCAUGUUUCGCUUUCGCCGCCUUACUGAAAUAUAUGGGAGACCUUCCUUCGAAACGUCCAAGAAUAGGCAACGAAUAUACAGACCAUAUAUUUGAUGGACCAUUAAAACACGAAAUCUUACGAGAUGAAAUAUACUGCCAAAUAAUGAAGCAAUUAACGGAUAAUAGGAACAGAAUGUCAGAAGAACGGGGUUGGGAGUUAAUGUGGCUAGCGACAGGGUUGUUCGCUUGUAGUCAAGGCCUUCUUAGAGAAUUAACAUUAUUCCUUAGAACGAGGAGGUAUCCAAUAGCCCAGGAUUCACUUCAACGAUUGCAAAAAACAUUACGGAACGGGCAAAGAAAAUACCCUCCUCAUCAAGUAGAAGUAGAAGCAAUUCAACAUAAAACAACACAAAUAUUCCAUAAAGUAUAUUUUCCGGAUGAUACAGAUGAAGCGUUUGAAGUAGAUUCUUCAACACGAGCGAAGGACUUUUGUCAAAAUAUUGCGCAGAGACUUAAUCUACGAUCUAGUGAAGGUUUUAGUUUAUUCGUGAAGAUAGCGGAUAAGGUGAUAUCGGUACCAGAAGGAGACUUUUUCUUUGACUUCGUCCGACAUUUAACUGAUUGGAUUAAGAAGGCGCGACCGACUAGAGAUGGCAUCACUCCGCAAUUUACUUAUCAGGUAUUCUUCAUGAAGAAGCUGUGGACGAACACGGUGCCGGGCAAGGACCGCGCCGCGGACGUCAUCUUCCACUUCCACCAAGAACUGCCCAAGCUGUUGCGCGGCUACCACCGCUGCGGCCGCGAGGAGGCCGCGCGCCUCGCCGCGCUCGCCUACAGGGCGCGCUUUGGAGAUAACAAGCAGGAGUUGCAGGCUAUCCCACAAAUGCUCCGCGAGCUCAUACCAGCUGAUUUAAUCAAACUGCAAAGCUCCGCUGACUGGAAACGUGCUAUAGUUGCUUCAUAUAACCAAGAUGCGGGCAUGACACCUGAAGAUGCCAAGAUAACUUUCUUAAAGGUCAUAUAUCGGUGGCCCACAUUUGGUUCUGCAUUCUUUGAAGUAAAACAGACUACGGAACCAAAUUAUCCUGAACUAUUGCUUAUCGCCAUCAACAAACAUGGAGUCAGUUUGAUUCAUCCUCAAUCUAAGGACAUUCUGGUCACACACCCGUUCACGAGGAUCUCUAACUGGUCAUCCGGGAAUACAUACUUCCACAUGACGAUCGGCAACCUCGUGCGAGGCUCCAAACUGCUUUGCGAGACCUCCUUGGGUUAUAAAAUGGACGAUUUACUCACAUCAUACAUAUCUCUCAUGCUUACAAACAUGAAUAAGCAAAGAUCUAUGCGUGUGAAA